AUGGACUUACACCGGGCAGCCUUCAAGAUGGAGAACUCAUCCUACCUCCCCAACCCGCUGGCCUCCCCAGCCCUGAUGGUCCUGGCGUCCACGGCUGAGGCCAGCCGUGAUGCAUCUAUCCCUUGUCAGCAGCCACGACCCUUCGGUGUACCUGUCUCAGUAGACAAGGACGUGCAUAUUCCGUUCACCAAUGGUUCCUACACCUUUGCCUCUAUGUACCAUCGGCAAGGUGGGGUGCCAGGCACUUUUGCCAAUCGCGAUUUUCCCCCUUCGUUGCUACACCUCCACCCACAGUUUGCUCCCCCAAAUCUAGAUUGCACCCCAAUCAGUAUGCUGAAUCACAGCGGAGUGGGGGCUUUCCGUCCCUUUGCUUCCACUGAGGACCGGGAGAGUUAUCAGUCAGCCUUCACGCCCGCCAAGCGACUUAAAAACUGCCAUGACACAGAGUCUCCCCACUUGCGCUUCUCAGAUGCAGAUGGCAAGGAAUAUGACUUUGGGACACAGCUGCCAUCUAGCUCCCCCGGUUCACUUAAGGUUGACGACACUGGGAAGAAGAUUUUUGCUGUCUCUGGCCUCAUUUCAGAUCGGGAAGCCUCGUCUAGCCCAGAAGAUCGGAAUGACAGAUGUAAGAAAAAGGCAGCAGCACUGUUUGACAGCCAGGCCCCUAUUUGCCCCAUCUGUCAGGUCCUGCUGAGGCCCAGCGAGCUACAGGAGCAUAUGGAGCAAGAACUAGAGCAGCUGGCCCAGCUGCCCGCCAGCAAGAAUUCCCUUCUGAAGGAUGCCAUGGCUCCAGGCACCCCCAAGUCCCUCUUGUUGUCUGCUUCCAUCAAGAGGGAAGGAGAGUCUCCAACGGCAUCACCACACUCAUCAGCCACCGACGACCUGCACCACUCAGACAGAUAUCAGACCUUCUUGCGAGUGCGAGCCAACCGGCAGACCCGACUGAAUGCUCGGAUUGGGAAAAUGAAACGGAGGAAGCAAGAUGAAGGGCAGGUAUGUCCCCUGUGCAGCCGCCCCCUGGCAGGAUCGGAGCAGGAGAUGAGUAGGCAUGUGGAGCAUUGCCUUUCUAAGAGGGAAGGCUCCUGCAUGGCUGAGGACGAUGCCGCGGACAUCGAGCAUGAGAACAGCAACCGCUUUGAGGAGUAUGAGUGGUGCGGGCAGAAGCGGAUACGGGCCACCACUCUCCUGGAAGGUGGUUUCCGAGGCUCUGGCUUCGUCAUGUGCAGCGGCAAAGAGAAUCCGGACAGUGACGCUGACCUGGAUGUGGACGGGGAUGACACUCUGGAGUAUGGGAAGCCACAAUACACGGAGGCUGACGUCAUCCCCUGCACAGGCGAGGAGCCUGGCGAAGCCAAGGAGAGAGAGGCACUGCGGGGCGCAGUCCUAAAGCAAGUCGGUGGCCCUCCUAGCACACGCAUCACACCUGAGUUCUCUAAAUGGGCCAGUGAUGAGAUGCCAUCUACGAGCAACGGUGAGAGCAGCAAGCAGGAGGCCAUGCAGAAGACCUGCAAGAACAGUGACAUUGAGAAAAUCACUGAAGAUUCAGCUGUGACCACGUUUGAGGCCCUGAAGGCUCGGGUCAGGGAACUUGAACGGCAGCUAUCCCGUGGGGACCGUUACAAAUGCCUCAUCUGCAUGGACUCAUACUCGAUGCCCCUGACGUCCAUCCAGUGUUGGCAUGUGCACUGUGAGGAGUGUUGGCUGCGGACCCUGGGUGCCAAGAAGCUCUGCCCUCAGUGCAACACCAUCACAGCGCCCGGAGACCUGCGGAGAAUCUACUUGUGA